AGCUCUCUGUCUCAGGAAACGCUUAUGAUUAACUGAUACGUUAUUUGUACUUUCUACCAGUACCCAUUAAUGCUCCCAUUUGGAUCUUCUAAUUUUCCACUGUGUACUUUUUGUCUGGAGAAAACCUUGGACAAGAGAUAAGGCCAUUUCCAAAAAUGUAUUUCUAGCAGCUCCACUCUUCCACUCCACCAGUCUGGGCUUGAGGCUGAGUCAAAAUCAUGAAGUUCUUCCUCUUUGUCACCUUUGUUGGCGUGGCUGUUGCCUUCCCCAUCAACGAUGAUGAUGACAAGAUCGUGGGAGGCUACACCUGUGCAGCAAACUCCGUCCCUUACCAGGUGUCCCUGAAUUCUGGGUAUCACUUCUGUGGAGGUUCCCUCAUCAACAGCCAGUGGGUCCUGUCGGCUGCUCACUGCUACAAGUAUCGCUUCCGAGUGCAGCUCGGGAAACACAACCUGGCGCUUACAGAAUCCACCGAGCAGCUUAUCAGUGUAGCUAAAGUCAUCCGCUACCCUGGCUACAGGGCUGCAACACUGGACAAUGACAUUAUGCUCAUCAAGCUUGCCCAACCAGCCCAGCUCACCCGAGCCGUCCAAACAGUUUCUCUGCCUACCAGCUGUGUGGAUGCAGGCACCACAUGCCUCAUCUCUGGAUGGGGCAACACACUCAGCGAUGGCCAUCUAUAUCCAGACACCCUGCAGUGCCUGGAGGCUCCUGUGCUCUCCUCAAGUGAGUGCAGCAAUGCUUAUUACCCUAUGGAAAUUACCAACAACAUGAUUUGCGUAGGAUUCCUCGAGGGAGGGAAAGACUCCUGCCAGAAUGAUUCCGGCGGUCCAGUAGUCUGCAAUGGGCAGCUCCAGGGCAUUGUUUCUUGGGGUAUUGGAUGUGCAAAGAAAGGCUAUCCUGGAGUUUACACUAAGGUUUGCAAUUUUGUCUCCUGGAUUGAAGAAAACCAUGGCUUCCAACUGAAACACUCUUGCUCUACGUCACCUACUUUUUCUCCUCAUCAUUUUCUUCUCUUUUGGGACUGA